UCUUAUCAUAUUCAUGGGUUCAUAUCGAAACUGAACUGAACUCAAAUGGAAAAGAAACCAACGAAGAAUACUAAUAGGGAAAAAAAAAACAAAAAGAAAGGAAAAAGAACAUCAUGAACAUCUUUGAAAUUUGAACCUUAAUUUAAUUUAAUACUGAUAAUAAUGUCAUCCGUAUAUAUGUUAUCUCUAAUCCCCUUUUUGCCCUCCAAAUUUCCCCUUUAUUCCUUCACUUCUUUCUCCUCUUCCACACGCCCCGCUCAUCCACCGCGAUUCCGCCGGAGAACGCGUCGGAAACCCCCGGAGACUGAAAUGUCCGUCACCGUUUCGAGGUCGGGGUCCUCUCUACGCCUUGGCAGCGACGAUGCCGAGUCUUUAUUGGGUUCCCGAACUGGUGCGGGAAAAGGGGAUACAUUAACAACCGAGACAGAUCUGGAAGCUUGCUCCAAUAGUAAAACAAGUGUUCCUAGAAAGAAUAAAUACCGUAUGAGAAACAUCACAUUGUUUGGUGUAGACUUAUCCCCGGAUAACAUCGCCGUCGCUAUGGUAUACUUUGUUCAAGGUGUUUUAGGCCUUGCAAGGCUGGCUGUCAACUUUUUUCUAAAGGAUGAUUUACAUCUGGAUCCUGCUGAGACAGCUGUGAUUUCUGGUUUCUCUGCAUUACCAUGGCUUGUCAAACCUCUAUACGGUUUUAUUAGUGAUUCUGUCCCCCUUUUUGGUUAUCGAAGGAGGUCAUACCUAGUUCUGUCUGGGUUGCUCGGUGCACUCUCAUGGAGUUUGAUGGCUACCAUUGUUGAAAGCAAAUAUGGCGCUGCUUUUUGCACACUUAUUGGAUCUCUUUCUGUUGCCUUCUCAGACGUGGUUGUAGAUUCAAUGGUUGUGGAGAGGGCACGUGGUGAGUCACAAAGCACCUCGGGAUCUCUUCAGUCUUUGUGUUGGGGUUCUUCAGCUUUUGGUGGAAUUGUAAGCUCCUAUUUCAGUGGGUCAUUGGUGGAUACUUAUGGAGUAAGGUUUGUUUUUGGUGUCACAGCAUUGCUUCCACUGAUAACAUCUGCAGUUGCGGUUCUUGUAAAAGAACAACCUAUGCUCAGUACAGUAAGAGGGAAUAGUCUUCCUUUUGCCAGUUCUGAGUUUUUGGAAAGUUCAAAGCAGAACAUUAUUCAGCUGUGGGGUACUGUACGACAGCCUGGUGUCCUUCUUCCCACAUUGUUUAUUUUCUUGUGGCAAGCAACUCCACAGUCUGACUCUGCAAUGUUCUUCUUUACCACGAAUUCUCUUGGUUUUACCCCCGAGUUUUUAGGACGGGUCAAGCUUGUUACCUCCGUCGCAUCUUUGCUUGGUGUUGGUCUUUAUAACGGAUUUCUGAAGAGUGUGCCUUUACGUAAAAUAUUCCUUGCAACUACCAUUUUUGGUUCAGCUCUUGGGAUGACCCAGGUUCUCCUGGUCACUGGAUUAAACCGUAAGUUUGGAAUAAGUGAUGAGUGGUUUGCAAUUGGGGAUUCAUUAAUUCUCACUGUUUUAAGUCAGGCUUCCUUCAUGCCCGUUCUUGUUCUAGCAGCAAGGUUAUGUCCUGAGGGAAUGGAGGCGACCCUUUUUGCAACUCUGAUGUCAGUAUCUAACGGCGGGAGCGUUCUUGGGGGAUUGAUAGGGGCAGGCCUGACUCAAGUAUUUGGAAUUACCAAAGACAAAUUUGAUAACUUGGCGUCUCUGAUAAUCAUUUGCAACCUCAGCUCAUUAUUACCCUUGCCUCUUCUUGGCCUCCUCCCCGGGGACAAUCCUGAUGAAAAUCUGAAGGACAAUAACGCCGAUGUCGAGAUGAAGUCUAAUUGAUUCUCGCGGUGGUUGUUUGCCACUGGCUUUGUUCAUACACGCAUACACACACGGAGUUUUGCAUAUAGCAUGAAGAUAAAGUUGCCACCCAUAUUCUCGUUUUGUUAGUUCACUGAGAACUAAAUAUGACUGAUUUUGAGAGGGAAAAAAAUAGCAUUUCAAGUUCCUUGGGAAUCACAAUUCAUAUCACAUUUCUUAACCAACCAACAAGUCUUCACUUCCGGUGCUAUGGAGUGGCACAACAGUGCUUCUCACGACAAAGCGAAAUUUGCUUCAGAAGUAUUACGGGGUACCUAGCCUUUUAAUUCCUUGUAGCUUGUAGUGUUUCUGUAGGAUUUUUAUUUUUCCCCUAUAAAGUGAAAUUUGAUUCACAA